CAACACGAUAUUUUUCCAUUUUUGUAAUUUUUCCUCAUUCUUAGUUUCGUUUUCAAGGGCUCUUUUCUUAUACCCUAAAAAGUUACUUGUAGAUCAAAAUCGAAAAUCAAUGGGAACUCCAGAAUCAUCGAGAGAGCCAUGUCCGGAUCGGAUCCUAGAUGAUGUCGGAGGUGCGUUUGCGAUGGGUGCUGUUGGUGGAUCAGCGUAUCACCUCAUAAGAGGAAUCUACAACUCUCCCGGCGGAGCUCGUCUCUCCGGCGGCGUUCAAGCUUUGAGAAUGAGCGGGCCGAGAAGCGGAGGAAGCUUCUCCGUGUGGGGUGGUCUUUACUCAACCUUCGAUUGUGCGUUGGUGUACGCAAGACAAAAGGAAGAUCCAUGGAACUCGAUCUUAUCUGGUGCAGCCACUGGAGGAUUCCUCUCGUUGCGUCAAGGCUUAGGCGCGUCUGCUAGAUCGGCUUUAGUCGGAGGUGUGUUGUUGGCUAUGAUAGAAGGAGUUGGUAUCAUGUUAAACAAAGUUCAGAGUACUGCGCAUAACGAGCAGUUCAUGGAGGAUCAUGCAGCUACUUCUUUACCAUAUGGUAUGGGUCAGAUAUCUGGUCAGUCCGUACCGGUACCGGAGACUUCUUCUUCUUCUUCUGGUUCGGUAUCUUGGUUUGGGAGUUUGUUUAAGAAGAAGAAAGAAACAGAGGAUCAUCAUUCAGAGAGCAGAACUCACAUUUUGGAGAGCUUUGAUGCUCCUCCUGUGCCUACUUAUGAGUUUAAGUGAUGGAAUUAUUGAGGUCUGAAUUUUACUUUUAAUGUUAAGAGCUUAGUAACUAGAAUUAUAUAUUCUGCAAUAAGUUUUAUAUAAUAAUAUUAUGAAUUAGAGACUAUUGUCAAUUUGGAUUGAUAUAAUACCGUCUGGUUUUAUGUAUAAUUUACCAAUUGUUACAACAUGAUUAGCGUGAAGGUUAACUUCUUGUGAU